CUGCGCAUGCUCAGUACUGUCCGUGUUGUUUACGUCUGUGUCCUUCCUCGUUUCUGUAAACACGGGACACGUUGACGGUCACUGCCGAACGCGGGCACAUUUUAAAGUUAAAACAAAGCCAGAUUACGUAAGUAAUGUCCGUAAAACACGCCAUUGGCCGCGGGCUCGCGUUCGGCCGCUCGGUGCUUCAGCUCGGCCUGUUCAAGUCGUGCGGCCGGGUCGUAGCGAAGCUCCGCGCGGACCGCCUUCGCGCAGGCCCGUCGGUCCGCAGCGCACAGCCUCGGGCUUUCCUGCCGUCCCGCUACCGGUACUACCGCACGUCGCUGCGGGGCCUGGCCGCUCAGCUGCAGUCCGCCGCCUUCAGGAGGGGCUUCACCGGCGGCUCCCCGCGACACAGAGCCGUGUUCCUGGCUUUCGGUCUCGGCGUGGGACUCAUCGAACAGCAGCUGGAGGAUGACAGGAAAACUGCGACAACAUGUGAGGAGAUCCAGGCUGUGUUUAGGAAGAAAAGGUUCCAGAGCCCGCUCCAGUCGUUCACCUCCGGGUACAGGCUGGAGGAUUACGUUAUCGGCAACCAGAUUGGAAAAGGCUCCAAUGCAGCUGUGUACGAGGCCGCGGCGAAGUUCGCCCCACCGAAGGGGGAUGACAGCUCGCGCUCCCAGGUGCGGCUGGAGGAAGACGGAGAGGAGGAGACACCUCGGUCCCUCAUGUGCUGCUCGCUGAGGAACUUCCCUCUGGCUAUUAAGAUGAUGUGGAACAUGGGGGCGGGUUCAUCAAACGAGGCUAUAAUCAAAUCCAUGUCACACGAGCUGGUGCCAGCAACUCCUUUGGCUUUAAAUAAAGGAAAAGGCCUAAUUCCCCUGGAUGGACAAUUUGGAGUCUUGCCCAAAACAGUGUCAGCGCAUCCUAAUGUGAUCAGGGUGUACCGGGCCUUCACAGCAGAUGUCCCCUUGCUACCUGGUGCCAGGGAGGAGUAUCCAGAUGUGCUGCCUGCGAGGCUUCACCCUGAUGGUGUGGGGAGCAACCGUACUCUGUUCCUGGUCAUGAAGAACUACCCCUGCACACUGCGACAGUACCUGAAAGUGUCCACACCCAGCCAGAAGGAGGGCUCUCUGAUCAUGCUUCAGCUGCUGGAGGGGGUCGACCAUCUUUGCAGGCAGGGUGUUGCUCACAGGGAUCUCAAAUCAGACAACAUACUAUUGGAGUUUGACUCAGGUGGUUGUCCUCGUGUAGUGAUUACUGACUUUGGCUGCUGCCUGGUCCAGAGUGAUUCCAGUCUGCAGCUGCCCUACAACAGCAGAUGGGUUUGCAAAGGAGGAAAUAGCUCCCUUAUGGCGCCUGAGGUGGUGACUGCAGUGCCAGGAUGUGGCGUGGUGAUUGACUACAGCAAGGCAGAUGCCUGGGCGGUGGCUGCCAUCUCCUACGAGAUAUUUGGAGAGCACAACCCGUUCUAUAGACCGGUGGGUCUGGAGAGCAGGAGUUAUCAGGAGAAGCAGCUCCCUCCUCUGCCGUCCAGUGUUCCCGCUAAUGUGCAGUUAGUGAUCCGGUUGCUCCUCAGGAGGAACCCAAGCAAGCGACCCAGUGCACGCGUUGCUGCUAACAUGCUGCACCUCGACCUCUGGGGGAGAAAGGCAGUGGCCAACAGGGACAGCGCUGACAUGAAAAAGCUGACCGACUGGUUGCUUCACCAGUCGGCUGUGGUUCUCCUGAAGGGCUGCAGGGGCCCCAGUGGGAACACGGUGGAGGCAGAGCUUCAGAGGAGCUUCCUGUCCAACCUGGACCUGGAGGAGCUGCGUACUGCUGUGGGCUUCAUCAUGUACGGACGAGAGCAACGUCAGCCCUGCAUUUUGUCUGCAUAGGUCCACUUAAGCCCUUGAUAUACUGAGCGUGUGUAGUUAACACUGUUGUCCUAGUCAUAGCCUUUACAUCUCAUGGCUGAAGCAGCGUUGUAUGUUACACGUGAUAUGUGGCUGUCUGUGUUUCAACACUGCAUGCAUGACUAGGAAAGUGCUUUAUGUAAUAUCCCUUAUCUUUUUUUGGACAUUGGGUCAAACUCUUUUGACUGUAUCUACUUUUAGUUGCUCCACAUAUUAAUUUACUUGAAGGUAGAGUUUGUGGAAAGAUACCAGCAGCUAUUGGAAAUUCUGUUGUAAGAAUGAAUAUCUUCUCUUCUAAGCGCUAAUGCACUUUUAGGUUAUUUGCCAGGUAAAACCUCCCACACACAGCUGUCACUACCUGUGUAAUUGGUACUACGUUGGACUGUGUAUACGCCUGGGAUGGAUAACUAUAAAGGCCAAUGCAGAUUUUUUUUUAUAGAAAAGUAAAUCAAGCUAUAUAGUGUAUUGUAUAAACAGCACAGUUUUGUAUAUAUUGUGCUGUUGAGUCUACUCCCCUGACAUUUUAUAGAUUAUACUUCCGUCAGCAGUGUCAAUCACUACAUUUGCUUUGCACAGGCAAUGCAUGUGACAUCAUUGAUCGAUAGCUCAGUUCACACUUUAUGUUAAUAGAUGUCAUUUUCUUGUGUCUGUGUUCCUGGUUUGCACUUUGUUUAUGUUUAUUGUUAUUGUGAUCUUACAGAGCAAUAUAUUCUUGUGAAUUAAUUUUAAUUUAGAAGCCAUUUAUCAUAUAAAAGAUAAAGAAUAUAUGUAAAUAAAAUUGAAUGAAGUAUAGAUUUGGAAAUAUUUUUGGGAUGGGUUUCAAAAUAAAAGUGUCUGAAACGUG